AUGAUGCACCAAACCAUACUGGAACAUACCAUAUUACACUACAUUGCACCACACCACACCUCAGCAUCACAUCACUCUGUACCACACUAUAUCACACAACACCACACAACGCCACACCACUCUUCAGCACACUGCACCACACCAUACUGUCCCACACCAAACCAUGCCCCUCCACACCACACCACAUCACACCACACCAAACAACACUGCACCACACCACACCACAAUGCACCAUGCCACACAACACUGCUUCACUCUACAACCACACAACACUGUAUCACACCACAUCAUACCACACUGCAUCACACCACACCACACUGCACCACACUGCACUACACUGCACCACACCACACUGCACCACACCACACUGCGUCACACCACACCACAUUCCACCACACUACACCAUCCCACACCACACCAAAUCACACUUUACCACACCACACUGCACUGCAGCACACUACACUUCAGCAACACACCACACCACACCACACCACACAACACCACACCAGCCCACACUGUGUCACAUCACAUCACAUCACACUACAGCACACCACGACUCACCACACCACACCACACCACACCACACUGCACAACAUCACACUACACCACAUUGUACUGCACAAACCACACCACACUGAGACGUCUCCGCCAGUUUUUCUCACCUCCCCAGCUGCUGACUGUACAAAGGUCUUAUCCAUCCAUGUACGGACCAAUCACCCAGCAACAAUAUACAGGAUAACACAACCCAACAAGUACAUCACACACCACACUACACUGCACACCACACACCAGCCAGUCACCCAAGCAGCAACAGUGUUUGGGAUUACACUGGCCAACAAGCACAUCACAUACCACAUCAACAGCCACCAAUAG